CUUCUUAGGAGGAAGUGUCGGUUUAAUGUUCAGGAGUGACAAAAUGUCCCAAACCGGGUCAGUUUGAUCUUUGGAGGAAGUGAAAUCCAGGAUGGCAGAGAAGCUGCUCUCAGUACUGCUGGUUAUUGGACUUGCAAAGUGUAGUCAAGGUAAAAUAUUGAUUAUUGUAAGGAGGUCAAAUAUUAAAAGUUUGUUCUGUAUAAUUUAAACUCUGUGCUCACUCAGAUUUUUUCUCUAACUCCAGGUAAACAUCUCCUCCGCUUCCUGACCUUCUGUCAGGUGAACGUGACGGGCAACGGUCAGAAUGACAUCGAGUUUGACGGAGAUCAGCUCCUCUACACCAACCCCUUCACCCACCAGCCGGUCCAGCGUCUGCCGGAGUUUGCAGAGGAGUGGACCCCUGAUCCUGGACUGCCUGAUGAGUCAUAUGUAAACCUGGGUACCUGCUAUUACAACCUGCCACGACUCGAAGCGGGCGAACACAGUCCACCUGAGAGAAUAGGUAUGAAACUUUUAGAGUUAAGUCAAAGGACCAACACAGUGUCAAACACAGUAUUAAAACUUGGAUCCUAUUUUUGUUCAUAUUUAUAUUUUUGAUUUAAAGCUCCUGUGAGAAACUUUCUGUUUGUUUUGAUUCCGGCGCCCCCUGUGAACAAAUGGGUACAUCAUACUUUUGUACCAGUUAAGUCCUAAAAUUUUUAAACUGCUGUAUUUUAACACUUAAAUGUCUGAUUCAUUGAAAAUCUUUGCCAUUUAUAAUGUAAAUAAAGGCUCGUUCAGUCACUUCAACAGGUACCUACACUCGACCAUGGUUUAAGACAUUGGAAAUAACUGUGUAGAAGUACGUAAAUGGUCUUGUUUGCUUUGUAAGCCAUGAGGAGAGAUCAAUAUUGAUUUUAGUCUGUUUAAUAAUCAACCAAAAAUUCCUCACUGGAGCUUUAAUCAGAGCUUUAAGUCACUCCAAAUUGCUUUAAAAUCAAAAUACUUUAAAGUCAGUAUGUUGGCUCCUACUAAGUAAAACAAACUAAAUUUAAGGGGUCAUGGGUAAAUAAAUAAGUCAGAAAAAAAGGAGGAGAAUAAUCACUGAUAUAUGAUCAUAAAUUCAAAUCCUGGACCUGUUUUAUGUUUGAUUUAAAAAAUAACACAGACUGGAUCAGAUUGAACACCGUCUUGUAAGAUCAGACCUAUUCCCAUCCCAUCCCAUAUUCCCACAGGAAGUUAUAGUAGUGAGGAAAAACUUCCUUCAACAGGCAGAAACCUCGAGCAGAACCAGACUGAUGUUAGACAGUCAUCUGCUGAGACUGAACUGGGUUUAGACGGGAGAGAGGGAGAUGGAGAAAGAGAGGCGGACAGCAGAGAGACUGAAGCAAACAGCUGAAAGCAGGCAGGUCCAUGUCUGCAGCUGCAAACUAGAAGAACCUGUGCCACUCCCUUCUGCUGGUCACCUGUCGUCUUAAAGUUGUGGUCCCACUAUUUUAUUUGCAUCAAGAUAUCAAAAGCGCAUCUUAUACUCUGAAAUCGAGAUACUUUCUACUGAUGCCUUUGGUCUGAUAUGCAGGUUGAGGAGCUGCAGAUAAAAGCUUUUAAAUCCAAGAAAGUAGAAAUAAAACACCAGAAGUCUCGCUGCUGGAUUUACUGUUUCAAACUCAGACCAGAUGAACACUUCAUCUAAAGAGUAAAUGAAGCUUCAGUACUAAAGGAGGAACCCUGAGCUCUGUCUUUUAAUUUAAAGUUAAUGAGAGGAGUGGACUGGUGUAGAUUUUUAAUAGGAGAACAGGUGUACAGACAAUCCCAGUAAUUAAUCUCUGUGUGUUUAAUCAAGCGUCUGUCAUCAGAGCAGGUAACAAUGUCCCUCAUUGUUUGAUGUGAAGCUGGAACUUCCCAUUGGCAGCUGAAAAAAGAAAUGGUUUGUGUAUCUUUGAGAGUUACCACAUUAAUCAUCUGGUGUGUGCUCUUCCUGUUUUGAUUUAUGUCGACCAAUUUAGGUCGACUGUAAACCUGGUGACAGACGAUAGAGGCCUCAGCGAUAUCUUUGUUCAGAAUCCUUCAGGAAGUCUGUAGGUGGAAUUUUCUCAUAUGUAUAACCAUCUACUUCCAGCGAGUCCCACCUCCAUGAUCUACCCAGAACAAGAGGCUGAAGUCGGGGUCCCCAACACCCUCAUCUGCUUCGUCAAUGACUUCCACCCGCCGACACUCUUAGUCAACUGGACCAGGAACGGGCAGCCGGUGGACCAGAGCGCCGUCAGCCAGACUCAGUACUACUCCAACAUGGACUUCAGCUUUCACAUGGCGUCCUACCUGGAGUUCACGCCGCAGGUUAACGACAUCUACUCCUGCAGCGUGGGACACAUCAGCCUGUCGGAGCCUCUCGCUAAGUUCUGGGGUGGGUCAGUCAUGAUAUAGAGAUACACCGUCUUUCAGACUGUCUGAGAAAAUCUACCUCCAGUGACGCUCGUAUAUUUCCUGUGUGUUUGUGUGUUUUUGUCUCCCACAGAGGUUAAAGGCCCGGACCAGCAGCUUGUCGAGACAGCAGUGUGUGUCUGCGGUGUGAUCCUGGGGCUGAUUGGAGUCGUCACAGGACUCUGCUUCAUUGUGAAAGCCAACAAGUGCUGUCAGGCCUAACAGGCAUCAGGACAAACACCUGAAUCUGGAUGUCAGACGUGCGAUCGUACCUAUCUACUCUCCUUUGGUGGUGGGGGCUGAAGGGGUGAGAUUCCCUUUUGUCCACAUCACAGAGUCAGAGUCAGAGUUUUCACACCUUUUGUGUUGUUUGCCUGUUUUUUUCCAUUUCUUCAGCGGGAAUACAUCUAAUUCUGAGAAACAAAGACAACAGAUAGUCUGAGGCUCUUGAGGCGGUGGUGAUUAUAGCCUAGAAACAGUCAUCAAAUGAAAACAAGAAGAAGCUAGCCUGCUCUGACAGUAAGAAAAUCAGCCUGUCAGUAUUUUCAGUGAAACUUCUGAAAUAGAAAUGAUGAGAUGUUGAUUUUUUUGGGCUGGAAAUGACAAAAACAAACCUAAGAAACAACAUUGUGAAUAAACUUUACCUUUAGAGUAUAUUCUAUACUUUCUUUACACUCAAUACUCAGUUGAAGCUUUUUUAUGAAUGACAGCAUUAAUCUGUUGAGGCAUGAAGGCGGGCCUGUGCCUCGCCUUCUUAGCCACAAGAUUCUCCUAUUGGAGGGUGACCAUACAUCCUCUUUUACCCAGACAUGUCCUCUUUUUUUAAAGACUGUGCGGCUUCGUCCGGGGGAAGUUUAUAAAAUCCUUCAAAUAUCUGCGGUUUUGUACGUAAGUUUUGAGUUUGUGUCACGUAAACUUACUGAGUUAGAAGCACGUAAAAGACACUCGAUUCGACCUGAAAAACUCUCAAAAUUAACAUUGUGCUGUGACUCCGCCCCCUGCGUAGCCGCGGCAGAAUAUGGUCACCCUAUCCUAAUGGGUUUGGGUCAUGCAACCUGACUGGUCAAUAUCACAGUCAGAGCAGGUGCAGUGUCCCGCUGGAAAAAGCAAACCAGCAUUUCAACAAAGCUUCUCUGUAAAUAGGAGCUUAAAGCGCUUUUAUAUUUAAUGACUUUGGACUUGAUCAAAUGUAGUAGACCAACACCAACAGCUGACAUGACACCCUUAAUCAUCACAGACUGUGGAAACUUCACGCUGGACUCCUCGGAUUCUGGGACUUUAUUCUGAUCAACAGUCUAGUCUUAGCCCAGGUGAGUCACUCCUGAUGUUGUCUCUGGUUCAGGAGUGGACUGAUGGCUCUUGAUGCACCAAGCCUCAGCGAUAUCGCAGAUAUGUGAAAGGCUGUUCCUUCAGGCUGCUGUCAAUCAUCUGGUCACGAUAGUUUCAGGCGUUAAAAUCACUCCAGAGAAAUUACCAGCCUGGUAUUUGAUAGUCUGGUUCAUUGAAUGGUCUGUUAAUUAUGAUACUGCUGCAAAUAAACCUUCAGAUAAUCCUCCA